AUGAUGCGUGCCACAUCCGUUCUGGGGAUUGGAUUUGUAGCAAUUGUUCUCGUUGGUUUAUUGGGUGUUUAUCAUACAGCACAUCCUGCAAAACAACCCAGGCUUGGAACUGUUGAAGAUUACCACCAAAGUAUCUCUGAGCGUCUUAUAUCAAACGUUAAAGGCGAAAACAUAAGAGAAAAUUUACGACUGCUAACGAGUCUACCUCAUCCAGCCGGAACACGAGCCAAUACGAAAGUUGCGAGCAAAAUUGCCGAUUUGUGGCGCAAAAAUGGGUUAUCAGAUGUGCACUUCACAAAAUACGAAGUGUUAUUAUCGUAUCCAAAUUAUGAAACACCAAAUCGGAUGCUCAUAAUUGCUGACAGCGGCAGAUUGGAAUACAUAUCGAAAGGUGUGAGUCCGGUCAUUAUUCCGGAGGAGCAAGGAGCCGAAGGUGCAGGCAUUCAAUGGCUUGCCUAUUCAGAAAAUGGAACGGCAGAGGGAGAAAUAGUCUAUUGCAACUACGGUACGACUGAAGAUUUCGAAUGGCUCAACAAGCUUGGCAUCAGCGUUAAGGAUAGAAUUGCACUGAUGAGGUAUGGCAAAGGAUUUCGCGGUGAUAAGGUCAGGAAAGCACAACUAAAUGGUGCUAUAGGAGCCAUUUUAUAUUCGGAUCCAGCUGAGGUUAAGGAUGAUGGAAGUCUACCGUCGAUUCCUGUUUUACCGCUGAGUUAUUCUGACGCUUAUGAAAUACUGAGGAGAAUGAAAGGACGUGCAGCACCGAUGGACUGGCAGGGGGGGUUGAAUAUCACUUACAGGACUGGCCCGUAUCUGAAAAAUGAUGCAACAGUUCGUAUUGUUGUUCAUUCAUCGCUGCAAACAAGAACGAUUCGUAACGUGAUUGGUUAUAUUCAUGGCGCUGAUGAUCCGGACCGAUAUGUGAUUCUCGGUAAUCAUUUUGAUGCCUGGGUUUACGGAUCUAUUGAUCCGAAUAGUGGAACAGCGGUACUUGCCGAAGUAGCCAGAGCCAUUUCACAGACCAUCAAUGAAACGAAUUGGCGCCCUGCGCGAACAAUAAUGUUCUGCAGUUGGGAUGCUGAAGAGUAUGGACUGAUUGGCUCAACAGAAUUUGUCGAAGAAUAUGCAAAUAUUCUCAGUCGAAGAGCGGUUGUCUAUUUGAAUGUGGACAAUAUUCAUUCGAAUCAAUCAAUGCAUGCUUCAACCGUACCAACUCUCUAUCAAAUGACAACCAAUGUUGCUAAACGAAUACCAAAUCCAAUGAUUUCAGAGGUUCAUAGAGCGGUUGGACAGUACUGGGCUGAACUGGCAAGGGAAUUCACGGACUCAGCUGUGAUUCCUCUGAAUAUAAGUGAUCUCGCAAACAGCCUUGUUCGAAUAUAUGCACCCGAUUUGAAGAGAGCCUUAGAUCCUUUGAGGUACUAUGCUGAAGCGAUCAGUGACGCCAAAGAGCAGUUGAGGAGAUUUAUUGAAAACUGUCAGGAAUUUCUUCGUCGUGCUCAGCAAUUCGAAUUGAUAAGGAGGCAUGCAUUGAAGACGUUUGAGGCAUACCCAUUUGAUGCAAGACGCAUAUCGCUGAUCAAUGAUCGAAUGAUGAGUGUUGAUCGGUGCUUCAUUAAUCCGCAUCACUUCCCGAAUGCACCAAUGCAGCGUCAUGUUUUGUACAGUAUAAAUGUUGGUGAUUCGUAUAAAGGUGAAGUGAUGGCAGCCGUUUACAGUGAGAUUGAUGCAUUUACCAAAGCAACAACGCAAGAGGAGCGUGAAAAAAUCGGACGUAAGAUUGCUGAGCAAAUAUCAGUUGUUCAAUACUCAGUACAAUGUGCUUCAAAUACGAUUAUGGAAAUAAUUUGA